AUGGCUAAGAAAAAAAAACAAGCAAAACUGAAAAUCCCAAAUUUUGUCAAAGAUGUGGAGCAACUGGAACAAUCAUACAUUGCUGUCCAUGCCCGACUGUCUUCUCUACUCCACUGCUUUGGUGAAGGCAAGAUGAAGCUCACAAUUUUCUUUGCUGGACUUCUUGGUGUCCUCCUGACUCCUACUCUGACUGCCUAUAAUAUCGACAUCAGCAACAAUGGCAACAGUGGCGGCAGCGGGCAGCAGUCAGUGAGCGUCAACAACGAGCACAACAUAGCCAAUGUGGACAAUAAUGACGGAUGGAACUCCUGGAAUGCGCUCUGGGAUUACAACACUGGUUUUGCUGCAGUAAGAGUCUUUCGCAAGAAGGCCUGCAUUGUGCACAAAAUGAACAAGGAUGCCAUGCCCUCUCUUCAAGCCCUUGAUACAAUGGUCAAGGAGAAGAAGCUUCAGGGUGAAGGACCAGAGGGACCACCUCCCAAAGGCCUGACAUACUCAGUCAACCCUGACAAAGUCAACGACCUGGACAAGUUUGGAAAAUCCAUUGUUGGCAUGUGCAAGGGGGUUCCAACAUACAUGGCUGAAGAAAUUCAAGGGGCAAGCCUAUUUUUUUCUGCAGGACCAUGCUUCAGUGCUAAUAUACUCUAUAUUGUGAACAUUGCCCUCUGUGGAAGUAUAGUGGAAUACUAA